CCCAGCAAAAUUGGCAACACGACGCCACAAAUUGAGUUGGCAGACGUCAAGCAUAGUUUGGAAAUAUGCAAUCUCAGGUGUGACUUGUGUUUCCCGCUCUUUUUAGUCGAAACCACCCCAACUUCAUUCCCUGUUCACAAAUGGCGACAUCCGAGUACAGCAACCCUUUAAGAAAGUAUAAGCUUGUUUUUCUAGGCGAGCAAAGUGUGGGCAAAACAUCACUCAUUACUCGCUUCAUGUACGACACCUUCGAUAAUACCUAUCAGGCCACUAUUGGCAUUGACUUUCUCUCCAAAACCAUGUAUCUUGAAGAUAAAACUGUCCGUCUCCAGCUGUGGGACACAGCCGGCCAAGAACGUUUUCGAAGUUUGAUCCCGAGUUACAUACGAGACUCUUCUGCGGCAGUGAUUGUGUAUGACAUUACAAGCCGAGCUUCGUUUGCAAAUACUACGAAAUGGAUCGACGAUGUACGAGCGGAACGAGGAGAUGAGGUGAUCAUAGUCCUCGUAGGCAAUAAAUCGGAUCUUAGUGAGAAGCGGGAAGUGACAGUUGAGGAGGGAGAAAAGCGGUCCAAAGAAUUGAAUGUCAUGUUUAUCGAGACCAGUGCCAAAGCGGGGCACAAUGUCAAGACGCUGUUCAAGAAAAUCGCGCAGGCUUUGCCUGGUGUCGACAAUGCGGAGAAUGUAACACAAAAAGAUCAAAUGCAAAAGAUCAAUCUCAGUGAUACGGAAACCGAGUCCAGUGGUUGCGCAUGUUAACUUAGACAUACACAUAUUAUCCUAUUUGAAAUUUCGUAAUACAGCCAUCCUAAUCAUGAAAACCGUCAGCCCUAGUGUGGAAAGUUUCAACAUCUUUAACUAGCCGUAAACCCAGUUUAUAAUUCAUGAGCGAAGAAUACAUUUCGAAGGAC